GAAAUAAAUUAUUGUUUUAAUCUAAAUAUUAUUUUACUAUGGAUAUACUCGAUGGUAGGCCAGUAAUAAAUCUGUCAGAAGAUCAUGUCAAAUUAUCAAAUAAGAAUUGAGGAAGUUCAGACUGCAGAUUUUAGAAGUCAGUCCUAUUCAAGAGACAACUGUUUGGGGACGGAUGAGAAUCAUUUAAAUCUAGAGAACUAUAUUGAAGGACCUCUUCGUCAAAUUGAGGCUGCUAGGAAGGCCCUAUACUCUCCUAGCCUUAAUGCUCGGAAAAGGGCAAGUUUUGACCGGGCCGGAAGUAGUGCAUCCGACAUGAGGAAGUACAGCGAGCAAAGUCCCGGCGGAAAGCCGGGCAGAAAAUGCCUUUCGCGGGCACAAAUGUCAGAGCCCUACGAGUUGAGUCAGGAUUUGUUGGAUAAGCAGAUGGAAGUUUUGUCGAAUAAAUAUGGCGGAUCCAACACUGCAAACUCCGCUGCAAACACAAUUCAGAGGGCAUACCGUCGGUACACGAUGGAUAAGAAAUUUAAGGCGAUUACCUCCAACAGACUUAGCCGGAGAUUCGCCAGUAUGUCCGGAGGGGGAGGGGCCCAGGACGGCGGACGGAUGCAGGACGCGGCUAAUGAUUCUACGGAUGGAACUCAACAGAAUUUUCAUCAUGACUGCUGUGUGUACAGUAGCACAGCAAAAUCAUCAUAUGCAGGUUUGACUAAAGUAAGUCAGUACAAUCAAAGUGAAACUAGAGUUAGUACAUCGUCAACUAAAUGUUCUAUAGAAGAAUUCCGUCAUCAACAUCAGUUCGAUAACAGUCACCGUCUCCCGAGCUGUGCAUUGAACCAUUCUCAUAUUAGCAGCACUCCCCCACCUGGGGGCGGGCAGCAUCAUGAUUGCCACACCCACUCUUGUCCAACCCGUCACUGGGGGGCGCACACACCUCAUAAUCAUAUCGGAGUGCGUCCUGGUCUCUCAUUAGAGGAUGAGGAAUCCUCCGACGCUGAUAUGCAAUCCUUCCCUGUGGAUUAUCUCCCGGACCGUGCCGCACUAGCGUGCAUGAACCGCGCUCUGGUCCAGCGUCAGCUGAGCGCAGGCCGGGUAAUAGGACCGAGCCACGCGCACUGUGCAAACUGUGGUUCGGGUCAGGCUUUACCGUCUCAUCAUUCUCACAGAGUAUCUGGGUCUAGAAAGAGAGCUCCUGAUGUACCUAAGAGAACUGUAUCCCGAUUAACCAGCCUUGAUGUUGGAGAGUCCGGUGAACUUUAUCCAGCUCGGAGUAGCGAACCUCACUCCAGGUCCAGCUCUACACAGUCCAGUCCCAGGAUUGGUGGGUUGGACGUUCUCCAGUCUAAACUUGAACCAAAGCAAUUCUCUGCCCAUCCUUCCCCCAACCCUCCCUCAGACUCAAGAAAUACUCCGCGUGACCUAAACCGGAACUUCCGGUCGGCCGCCGACCGGAACCUGGAUCAGAGCGGUCAGGACGGAAUUCCAAGUCGGAGCAAGGACGGAUAUCCGGGUAACUAUGCAGUCAACGAGGUCAUCCGGAAACGUCAUUAUAGAACCGGACUCAAUAUAUUUAACAAGAAGCCGGAGAAGGGGAUUAACUACCUCAUCAACAAGGGGUUCUUGGACAACUCCCCCGCCGCCGUGGCCCGGUUCCUGGUCACCAGGAAGGGGUUGUCCAAGCAGAUGAUCGGAGAGUACCUGGGCAAUAUAAGCCAUCCUUUCAACCAGGCCGUCCUCACGUGCUUCGCGGCCGAGGUCGACCUCAGCGGGACACAGGUGGAUUCAGCACUCAGGAAGUUCCAAACAUAUUUCAGAAUGCCUGGAGAAGCGCAGAAGAUCGAAAGAUUGAUGGAAGUAUUUAGUCAAAGAUACUGCACCUGUAAUCCUAAUAUUGCAAGUAAACUCCACUCCCCGGACACAAUAUUCAUCCUUGCUUUCGCAAUCAUCCUCCUAAACACCGACCUCCACACACCCAGCCUCAAACCGGAGAAGAGGAUGAAGGCAGAGGAUUUUAUCAAGAACCUGCGAGGGAUAGAUGGAGGAGCUGACGUUGAUCCGGUAGGAUUUAAGUCAGCCAAGAGAAAGAAACGCUGCAUCUCCUUGGCGUUCUGUGCAAAGGCUUAUGCAAAGGUUUAUGAUACGGUUUGCAGGGAGCUGCUUUACACAAGCUACGCCACAUUGGGACAGCAUCAACGAGAGGUGUUCCUAUUCAACGAUAUUCUUGUCAUUACUAAAAUACAUUCUAGAAGGAAGAAUAGUGUCACAUACACCUUCAGGAAUAGUUUUCCACUCACAGGAAUGGUUGUAUCCUUGUUUGAGAACUCUUAUUACUCUCACGGGAUUAUCCUGACACAGAGAUGGGAUAAGAAGAUUGUUAUCACACUCAACGCCAGGAAUGAUCAUGACAGGUCUAAGUUUGUUGAAGACCUACGUGAGAGUGUAGCUGAGAUGGAUGAGAUGGAAGCUCUACGUAUAGAAGGAGAACUAGAGAAGCAGCAUGUAGCUGCUAGGGUUUCCGUCUCCAGUGAUUUCAGGGAUUCAGGGAUUACUGAUCUUGAUCCUCAUGGUACACCGGCCAGGAGUGGGUUUGGUAGUGUGGAGAGUAAUGUAAACCUGAAGCGCGGAGCAAUAAACAACUCCUUGUUGGAUCUAACAGAUAACUACAAUAUCCAUCCUGGAUUUACACAGCAGGAGAAACCAACCAGAAGAGGAUCUGUUGGUAGUCUAGACUCUGGGAUGUCAGUUUCCUUCCAGUCUGGUUCUGCUGGAUCUGCAGGAACCGUGAGCCAGGAGUCCUCCCCCCAGCAACAGUUAACCGUCAAAACUAGCGGGGUAAUGUCACAUCAUCUAGCUGCUCCCAGACCCAGGAACCUCUCCGCUAAUCUCUCAACAAACCUGUAAAUCCACCAGGAGAUAUUUUAUCCUGAGUGUCUCCGAACCUGUAAAUUCACCAGGAGAUAUUUUAUCCUGAGUGUCUCCAAACCUGUAAAUCCACCAGGAGAUAUUUUAUCCUGUGUGUCUCCGAACCUGUAAAUCCACCAGGAGAUAUUUUAUCCUGAGUGUCUCCGAACCUGUAAAUCCACCAGGACAUAUUUUAUCCUGAGUGUCUCCGAACCUGUAAAUCCACCAGGAGAUAUUUUAAGCUGAGUGUCUCCGAACGACUGAACAUUCUCCCGUCUAUAAAGGAAUCAUAUGUAUUAUUCCUGGAACGAGAGGUUUAAACCUUCAACAGUCAGAUUUCCUAGUCUCGCAGAUAUAAUUUUAUAAAACUGUCGAAAGAGUAUUUUACAGCAUAAUAUCACGUUUUGCACGACGUUAUGGCGGUUUUUAAACCGGAAAUCCGCCUAUUUUUAUUUUUAAAUCGGUUACCGCCGUUUAGCUUUUAACCCUGUUCCUACGAUAUUAAAUUAGGUUUUUGUUGGAAAAUUUCUUAUUUUUUUUGUGUAACACGAUUCCUCGUUGUU